ACUCCCGUAACUCACUACACAUGCCGCUUUAAUCUAUGUUUAUGUUUCCUAAGUGCACUCGGUAAUAAUAAUAAUAAUAAUAAUAAUAAUAAUAAUAGUGCACUUUAUCUUACAGAGGAUCAUUUGAUACUGAAUCCGUAGUAACAGUCACUAAACUGCAGUGUUGUCUCAACUGGUUUAUUGGAUUUAUUUAAAGUGACUGAAGAGAGAGAGAGAGAGAGAGAGAGAGAGAGAGAGAGAGAGAGAAAGAAAAGAAUAAACUCUCUUGAUAAUAACAUCAUGUCAUCUGAUGAAGCCGAGGACUGGUUUAUGCAGUCAUUAACCCUCUACAAAGAUCUUCAUGUAUUUCAGCUCGAGCAUCCAACAAAAACAAUCGAGUGGACUGGUGAAAAAAGUAUAUGUGUUGCAGGCUACUCGUCUGAGAAGAAUGAAAUUUUAGAGCUGCUGUUGCCUUUGAAAUUGUAUGCAAAGGGCAACCAGGGCCUUUGUCCAGAGAGGGACUUUAAAGUGCAGCAUGGGGGAUUCAGCGAUGAGCCGGUUGAAUGUCUGAGACACAUCUUUGGUAAACGAUGUGUGGUGACUAGCGGACGUCAUAGUUCCAAUCUCCAGGUUUGGGACAUUGGACAAGAUGAUAAUGAUAUGAUGAAGAGGACAGGAGUUAUAAAUUGCGGUCACACGUCAGCCACGGGCAGAAAGCUUGCUUCUGGUUUCACUGAGGAUGCUUCUGUUCUUCACGGCUCUACAAUGCGCGAUGUUCAGCACACUGAUGUAGCCUCAGGGAGAAUGCUUUAUGCAGUAGAAACUGACUCCUUGGAUGUAGUGAGUGGUCUGCAGUUUGUAAACGCCAGUACAUUUGCUAUUAGCGCAACUAAUGGCACUUUGUACGUAGGAGACUCAAGAGAUCCAAAGAUCAGUCAUUAUGCUCUUUCAGAGAGUACGACAGGUUCACAGUGGGCUUUUGGAUUGAGGAAAGCUGAGCCACAGUGUGACCCUUCAUCAUGCACUGUAGCAAGACUUUCCUCCUUUGGUCAAGUUAUUGUGUCUGAUCUCCGAAACCCAUCCACGCCAGUCGGACAAGCUCGGCUUAAUCUGCAGCAAAAUGAUCCCAGUAAUGAGUUUCUGACAGUUACAUGGGCUCCUGCUCUUGAUAACCAUCUUGCUGUGUCAGGAUUUGAUGGAACAGUGCAAAUCUUUGACACAAGAAGCUGGAUUACUGAUACUCAGACGCCUCUGCCCGUUUUUGUGCAUCAGGGUCACAACUUUUCAUGUGAAGACAAGGGUGAUACCUCUCUUCUGGUGACUACUCAUGUGUGGCAUCCAGGGAGACCAAGAACUUUGCUCUCUGCCGCUUCAGAUGGAUCUAUACAUGUUUGGGACUGGGUAGAUAAACAUAAUGAGACUAUAGACAAAUGACAAAAGAGAAUCUGAUCCCUUUUGUUAUUUAAAGGCAAGAAAUUUUUCAAGUUAUAGCUGAAACCUGUUACAGAAAUACAGUAUUUCUGUAUUAUGUUUUUUUUUUUGUAAAAGAUGGAGAAAUAGAAACAUUGGAUGAAAAUCUUGCUGUUUUGUCAAACUAUAGCCUUUAAGGUUCCGAGACUUGCGACACUGUACAAAUGAUAUAAUCAUGGACACUCGGUGGAAUGCUAGUUACCGAGACUAGGUUCAGGGACACUGGACAUUUAUACAUUUUUAUGGCAGCCUGUCUGCCACACACCAAUACAUCAAAAAAGAGUAGAAAUGAAUUUCACUUUUAGAUUUUCUUGCUUUUUCUUGCAAUUGAUUAACUAUGACUACAAUAUAAACACAGUCAAAGUCUCUUCAGUGUGGACAUUGGAUAUAGCCAGAAUGUAACUAUGUUACUGUGAUGCUGAUAUAGUUUUCCAUCUCCUCAACAACUCUGUGACCUCUGUAUUGAUUAUUAGAGAACUAGAUCUACGUCUGGAUAUCUGUAAUGCUGAAUCGUGACCAUAUAUAUGCAUAUAUGUAUGUAUAUGUAUGUAUGUGUGUAUAUACAUAUAUAUAUAUA